CGAAUAACUUGACCUCGUUAUUUCGAAUUGACCCAACGUAUCACAGGGAUCGUCCGCACGGUUACCCAGGGUCAGGACCUGACUCAGACGCCACCUGGGCUCUGAUCAUUUGUUUCCUCUAUGCUGUGGUCUUUGUGACUUGUUGUGGUUUCGCCAUGAUCUCUUGGAAGUUCCAGAAAGACAGAAACGCUGCCUGGGAUUGUGAACAGAAAAUUGAAUGGGAAACAGAAGUCGGUAAAGAGGAGGAAGGAGGAGAAGAAGAAGGUGGUGGAGAAGGACUUGAAGCUGGAGGCCUUCGGCAGUUGCGCAGGCGCGUGAUUGCCAGCAGCAUGUGCUGGUUGUGGGUGCUUUUAUUCCUCGGUGGAGCAAGUGGUUACAAAAUCUUAGCCUUGAGUCCUUUGUGCAGUAAGAGUCAUGUUAUCGCUUAUGCGCCUCUACUGAAUGAAUUGACCGCAAGAGGGCACCAGGUGACAGCAGUUGUGCCUUAUAAUGUGCCCAGUUUGAGCAACGGAGUUCAGGUUUUGACGGACGACAGCCUGAAGGAACUCGCGUGGGGCAUCUUCCAAUACCAGUUUUCUGAAACGCUAGGGACCACUUGGAACGCUAUCUCGGACGAACUCGGGUUUUUCGAGGUUUCCAUUCAAACUUGCCCGAAAUUGUUGGAAACGCCGACGGUUGCCAGACUGAUGCAAACUGUCGAAAGAGGCAGUUAA